AUGGUCGAGGUUGACAGGAUCGAGGCCAAGGAUGCCCCAAAUGUCACCGACGACAAUCCCAGCGCCACCCGCUAUCUCGACUUCCCGCGCUCGAAUGAGGUCAAUGGCACUGAUGGCAAGCCCAUGCUGAACCGCUACUCAACCUACAUCACGCGCGAGCAUGAUUUCCCCGGCGCUCAGGCUAUGCUGUUCGCCGCUGGCAUUCCCGACCGCCGCGCUAUGCAGAACUCCCCGCAUGUCGGCAUCGCUUCGGUCUGGUGGGAGGGCAAUCCCUGCAACAUGCACCUCUUGGAUUUGGGCAAGGAGGUCAAAAAGAAUGUCGAGAAGCAAGGCAUGCUGGCCUGGCAGUAUAAUACUGUGGGCGUGUCCGACGCCAUCACCAUGGGUAAUCAGGGCAUGCGAUUUUCGCUGCAGACGCGUGAGAUCAUUGCGGAUUCCGUCGAGACGGUGACGUGCGCGCAGGCGCACGACGCCAACAUCACGAUCCCGGGAUGCGACAAGAACAUGCCGGGAUGCAUCAUGGGCAUGACCAGACACAACCGGCCGAGUAUCAUGGUGUACGGAGGCACGAUCGACAAGGGUUACAGUAAGUUACUGCGGAAGCCGGUCAAUGUCGCGACGUGCUACGAGGCGUUUGGCGCCUACAGCUACAAUAAUCUGCGGCAGCCCGAUGACGGUGGCGAGACUGGCGCGAGCCAGAACGAGAUCAUGGAGGAUCUGGAAAUGCACGCCUGUCCAAGCUCGGGUGCCUGUGGCGGCAUGUACACGGCCAACAGUAUGGCAACGGCGAUUGAAUCCAUGGGCUUGAGUCUGCCGGGAAGCAGCAGCACGCCCGCCAGCAGUCCGGCCAAGAUGCGAGAGUGUGCCAAAGUGGCCGAGGCGAUUCGAGUUUGUCUGGAGAAGGACAUCAAGCCUAGGGAUCUACUGACGACGAGGAGUUUCGAAAACGCGUUGGUGAUGCUCAUGGCCUUGGGUGGCAGCACCAAUGCCGUGCUUCACCUGCUGGCCAUGGCCAACACGGCGGACGUGAAGCUGAGCCUGGAUGACUUCCAAAGAGUCAGCAACAAGAUCCCAUUCCUCGCGGAUAUGGCACCAUCCGGGAGAUAUCUCAUGGCAGAUCUGUACGAGAUUGGUGGGAUACCCAGCGUGCAGAAAUUCCUGAUCCAUGCGAAGCUGCUGGAUGGUGGCAUCCCGACCGUGACGGGCAAGACGCUGGCGGAGAACGUGGAGAGCUGGCCAAGUCUGCCGCCUGACCAGAAGAUUGUGAGGGCGCUGGAGAACCCAAUCAAGUCUUCGGGCCACAUUCAGAUUCUGAAGGGCAACUUUGCGCCGCAGGGCGCGGUGGCGAAGAUCACGGGCAAGGAGGGCCUGCGUUUCGAGGGCAAGGCCAGGUGCUUUGACAAGGAGUACAUGCUCAACGAGGCGCUGAACCGCGGGGAGAUACCCAAAGGGGAGAACUUGGUGCUGAUAGUGAGGUACGAGGGCCCCAAGGGUGGGCCGGGCAUGCCGGAGCAGCUAAAGGCCAGUGCGGCCAUCAUGGGAGCAGGCUUGAAGAAUAUCGCUCUGGUCACGGACGGGAGGUACUCCGGGGCGAGCCAUGGGUUCAUUGUGGGACAUGUGUGUCCCGAGGCCGCGGUGGGAGGGCCGAUCGGACUGGUCCAAGAUGGGGACGUCGUGGUCAUCGAUGCGGAGAAGAACGAGAUCAGUGUCAACGUGUCGGAGGCGGAGUUCGAGAGCAGGCGGAAGCAGUGGAAGCCUAAAGCCAAGGGGGUCACCAGGGGAGUGUUGGCCAAGUACGAGAGGCUGGUUGGAGAUGCCAGUCAUGGCGCGGUCACGGACCUGUGGUAA